AUGGCAGCCCAACAAGGGCCGCGUAGCCAGGGGGCGCUCGAUAUGCUGGAGCAUACGAUUGGCGAAGUGCUUAUCCACGCUGGCAAAGCCAUCCGCGCGCAAGCUAAGAAUGGGCGCAAGGUAGUGGGCGCGCUCAACGCCACGAAGAUCAGCGAUGCGAACACGCAGUUCAAUUCGACUCUCGAUAGCAUAGAGACAGACAUUCUCCGCGCAAAAGCCACGCUGCGCCGCGAUCUCGACCUCCUCCGCGCACAGAAGGGCGCUGCAGCCGCCGCCGCCGCUGCCGCCAACACGAAGAAGGAAUCAUCGUCAAGUGGAACUCCCGCCCUUCAACAAGCACCAGCAGCUGCGAUGGAUGUCGACUUGGAGGAACCAACACCGGCCGCCGUCAAAAUAAAGUCCGAGCCGGCAACGGAUGCAGCCAAUGCCACUGCCAACGGCGGCACGCCUGCCAGCACCGCCAUGGCGCCCUUCCCGAACAUGGACUUGGACUCGCCUGUAGUCACCGCAUCCCCGGUACCAUUAGGGGCCGUGUCUAUGCAGACGUCCACCUCGAAUAAAUCGACAGCACCGACACCGCAGCCACUGUCCAACAAAUCGCCCGCCGUCAAGAAAGAAACCCUUGUCCGGCCUCCACAUUUUUCUGGUAAAGCAGGCUCAACACCAGGCAGCACAGCGGGUGCUUCUCCUGCCGCCACUUCCACCGCGUCCGCGACAGCAGUAACAGCAGCAAGCAAGGCACCGGCUAGGAAGCGGACAGUAUCGCCCGCUGCUAUGAGAGUGCCAUCGCCGGCUGCGUCUCGAUCGACUGCCUCGCCUGCGGCGGCGAAGGUGCCGUCGCCUGUUCUGGUCAAGUCGGUGGCAGGAUCGCCGGCUGUCACAAAGGCAUCGACUUCGCAACCACCAACACCAACACCGGCAGCUGGCGUCACGGCCGGCGGCGCCAACAAGGCCAUCUCGCUUUCGUCGUCGUCGUCCUCACCGUCUGUUACUGCUGCAUCGCCUGUCUUGACCAAAAAAUCAGCUGCUGCGGCUGCGGCUGCGGCUGCCAGGUCGACACCUCCCUUAAAGUCGACGACGCCCGUACCGGCGCCACAGAUUCCGACACCCAUAACCGCCCCGCCCGUGAAGCCCACUCCAGCGACGACUGCACCACCACCAGUUGCCGCCCCAGCUGCUCCCGUGCCUACAAUGGAGUCUUCAUCAAAUGACAUUAAUAUGGACGACUUUUUCGAUCUUACGGGGCCUUCUGGUGACGAUCCGUCCAACGCUGAUCUUGGGUUUACAAAUAUGCAGUUCUCCCUUGUUCCAGCUGGACCAGGAGACGAGGCAAAGCCGGCGCAACCGCCGCCUUCGCAGCCGCAGCCAACUCCGCAAGCACCAGCACAGCAAACGCCGGCGCAAACUGCUAUACCAGUGCCCCAGAUACCUACAACUGCACCCCAACCCUCCCAACCCUCCCAGGUGCCCCAACCGCCCCAGCAUCAACAAGUCGACGACUCCGAAUUUGACGUGGAAAAGUUUGCUGCAGACGCAGCCCAGAACCUCAUGAUGGACACGGACUUUUCGACAGCAACGCCCGCCCAGCAGCAACUCCAACUUCAGAAGAAGAUUCAACUACAGCAGGAGCAACAGCAGCAGCAGCAGCAACAACAACCUCAACCGUCGCAGCAAAACCCCAGUGACAUUCUCAUACCAGAUUCCGGAGCAGCAGGGGCAGAUGCUACUGGUGCGGUGGACAACGGCGACGACCUCUUCAGCUUCAUCAAUGAUGGAAUGGAAGGUCUCGUGGAGGAUCCGACGACUAAUUUUGAUGAGCUGUACAUGGGUGGCGGCGACUCGAUUGAUAUUGACGACUACUUUGAUACAGCCUAG